AUGCCCGACUCAAUUCACUUGUUCGGUCGUGACGACUCAUCCAUCAUUGCUGUUCCCGGUCCAGGAACCAUCACCACUCCGUCUCUAACAAUCAAUCUUGUUUCCAGAGUGCUGCUUGCCAUCAUUGCAAAUCUAGCCUGUAUAGUACCUCUCAAGAAUCUCUACCGCAAUGGCGAAUUCGCAGCUGUUGUCUUCAUCGCCAACAUCCAAUGGGCAAACCUCGAUACCAUCAUCAACGCCCUCAUCUGGCGCAACGACGACACUAGCAAGUGGUGGUCUGGGGAGGGCUUUUGCGACCUCAACCCAUAUUACACGAACUUCACCAACGCUCUAUUCGGCACUUGCCUGCUCGCCAUCAUGCGCAAUCUCGCUCAACAGGUUGGCCUUUUGAGGGCUAAUCCCCUGACUGUUCAUGAAAGGCGCCGACGUAACCUCGUUCAAGCUCUUAUCAUGUUCCCUCUCCCGCUUCUUCAAGUUGCCUGGGUUUGGCCUUUGACAACUCAACGCUACGCAGUUGCUACUCUGGCUGGAUGCAGCUGGGUUGCUUGGCCCUCAUGGCCUUACAUGACCUUCUUCGUGAUAGCCCCUGUCGUCGUUGCGCUGGUGACGUCUGUAUAUGCAGUUCUCACUUAUAUCCGCUUUCGAGAGAUCGCAAAGACUACUCGGUCCGCCGUCAACAGCAGCAGGUCUGCCAACCAGCGAGCCCAAAGGACCAAGCGUCGCCUUUAUCUCAUGGUCUUGGCUAUCUUGGUCCCUUACUUGCCCGUUGUCAUCACUCUCGCCGUUCUCAACAUGGUAAAGGCUUUCCCACUUCAACCCUUCAGUUACAGUCUUGUUCACGAUCGUGUGAUUCCCUACCCAUGGUCGGUGGUCGUCUUCGUCCCUUCUAACAGCGUCACCUUUGGCUAUUUGAACAACUGCUACAUCGACAUUCUUGCUGCCAUUCCCGUCGUUCUUUUUUUCGGUAUGACAAAGGAUGCCAUGAAUAGUUACCGCUGCGGGCUACUCUUCAUUGGUCUUGGUCGCUUCUUUCCCAAGCUUUAUGAGGAAUAUGAUCCUGACAGGACAGCAUAUGGGAGCAGUUCUGGAAAUUCGCACCUCAUGGACUCAACCAUCUCGACUACUUCAUCUAUACCCAGCAAGAUCAGGAGUCUUCUGUCCCAUCGACACUUGAACACGGCUUCAUCUGCGAGCCUCAAUCCUGCAUCCCUGCAGUAUGCAAAUUCUGAUCCUACAGCUACGGAUGCUGAAUUGGGAAAUGCGUUGAACGAUUACCAAACUUCACGGCUACCACGUCGAGAGAUAUCAUAUCCUCCUCUUACUGCUCCACCCUCCACCGACCCGAUCACUCUACCUCCUCGCAACCCCUUUCUCUUCCGCACUCGUUUCGAUCUACCCACAAUCCCACUCCCAUCGCUCCCUUCCUUUAGCUUCCGAAAGAAGAAAGAUAGACGACCCCCUCUUGACCGCGGCUUACCUCUGGAGUCUCUUCCUUCUGGCGUCAGCAACCGCCUCUGGGAUGACAACUUACCUGCCCCUCCUCCCCGAAACCAAACAUUUGUCUGGGCAGAUACACAAGACACACCCACACCUGAGACCACCACUUCAGAAAUUCGUCUCCUGGUCCCCAUGUUGUCUACAUAUUCUGUCACCACCGAGCCGCUGCAGGAAACGUAUCGACGCUAG